AUGACCGCUGCUCCCCCACAGCCUGCCUCGAUCGCCACCAUCGCGCCGUGUUUGCCUGGCGCUACUCGUGCGCGAGAAAACCUGACGUCGCAGCAGCGUCGGGCGAUCUACGAAACACUGUUAGAGCAGUCAACGGAUGGAGGGCUCCCGUACGGAGCACUACAUGACCUUGCUGUGAAGUUCCGUUGCCACUGGCGCACGAUAUCUCGGGUCUGGACACGAGGACGAGCCUCUCUUCGUAACGGCAACGACGUCGCCGAUGUCGCAUCUCGACUUCAGGGGAAUGUUGGCCGUAAAAAAACACGCACGUCAGAAGAAAUCGAGCAAGCCAUCAAGACAGUACCGCAUUUUGCGCGACAGACUCUCCGUUCCGUGGCCCACCAAUCCAACAUCCCCAAGUCCACGAUCAUUCGCCACAUCAGGGAGACGAAGCGGCUCAAGGCGCGCUCCAGCUACGUCAAACCGCUGCUCACGGAAGACAACUUGAAGACACGACUCAAGUUUGCCAUGAAUUUCGUGCGGCCUUCGGCAAGUGGAACCCACAUUUUUGCCAGCAUGCACCAGUAUGUGCAUGUUGACGAGAAGUGGUUCUACUUGACGAAGGUCAAACGAAACUUCUAUGUGUACGACGACGAAGACAUCGCGCUGCGCUCCGUCAAGUCGAAGCAGUUCAUCACGAAAGUGAUGUUGCUGGCCGCAGUGGCGCGGCCACGUUACGACUCUUCCAAGAAGAAGUUUUUCGACGGCAAGGUCGGCGUUUGGCCGUUCGUCGAAGUCGCCCCAGCCAAGCGAACAAGCAAGAACCGCCCCAAGGGACUGCCGUGA